UUGAAGUUUUACUUUUUUUUAAUAACCCGAAGGCCAGUUUGGAGUUUCACUUCUGUUGCGCGGAACGGAUCUCCGCGGUGCGCACGUCUGCGCUUUAAAUACUGAUUAACAACAAGUUGUUUGAUUGUUUGGACUGUAACAGAACAAUUUAUAGACACCAGCACCACUCCCCCUUCUGAAAAACAAUCCGGCAGGGGCCGCGCUGAAGUUGAGCUGCUGUGGCAUUUUGUUUUGAGCAGGUGCUGCGGGUUGAAGUUCCCUCAUAAGGUGACGUUCAUGAGUUUUAAACUCAUCCAGAAGUGAGAAGAGGGUGUCGGAGUUAUUUCUAAAGAUGUCUUCCAUGCAAGCCACGCCUCCUUUCCACCCGCCUUCUGAGGAAGAAGCAACCAUAAAUCGGGAUAAUGCGACCUGGGCCUGUGAUGAACGAGACAGCCUGAAAGAGACAGCGUCACCCUCUUUGCAUGACCAGCCUCUCUUAAACGAGCUGCAGCCAAUCAGAGAAAAGCCAAUGGAUGCUGAGUGGGACACUGUGGGGCCCCCUGUGAUGGACAAUGAAAGCAGUAAAGUCUGCUCCAUCUACUCCUAUCGGACUAACUCUACCUCACCACUCAAGCCAGAGGAGUGUUCCAAAGAUCGUGGGGAGCCAAUGAUUGGCCUCGCCUUUGGGACGCCAGAGCGCCGCAAAGGAAGCCUGGCAGACGUGGUGGACACACUGAAACAGAAGAAGCUUGUGGAGCUGACAAAGACAGAACAAGACGAUUCGUCCUGCAUGGAGCGGAUCCUCUCCAAGGACUGGAAGGAACGUGUCGACUGUCUAAAUGCCAACGAACUGCUGGGGGAGGUCAAAUGUACACCAGAGUCAUUGGAGGAAAAGGAGCGCCAGCUGUCCACCAUGAUUGGCCAGUUGAUUAGCCUGAGGGAGCAGCUCCUUGCUGCCCAUGAUGAGCAGAAGAAGAUGGCCGCCUCACAGUUGGAGAAACAGCGACAGCAGAUGGAGCUGGCCAGGCAGCAGCAGGAGCAGAUUGCCAGACAACAGCAGCAGCUUCUUCAACAGCAGCACAAGAUAAACAUUCUCCAGCAGCAGAUCCAGGUCCAGGGUCACAUGCCUUCACUUAUGAUCCCAGUCUUUCCUCCUGACCAGCGGUCCCUGGCUGCCGCUGCCGCUGCACAACAAGGUUUCCUGUUCCCACCAGGCAUGUCCUACAAGCCAGCAGGUGAGAAUUACCCCAUGCAGUUCAUUCCUUCGACAAUGGCAGCUGCUGCGGUGUCUGGACUCAGUCCAUUACAGCUCCAGCAGCUGUACGCCGCCCAACUGGCCAGCAUGCAGAUCUCACCAGGAGCCAAGAUGGCUCCGCUUCCGCAGGCUCCCAACUCCUCCGCUCCUCUUUCCCCCUCCACUCUGAAGAACGAGAAGAGAGCAUCCAGUCCUGUCGCUCACAUUAAGGAGGAAGGAUCCACACAGCCGCUGAACCUCUCAGCUCGACCCAAGACAGCUGAGCCUCUUCGGUCUCCAACGUCCCCCACACAGAGUCUGUUCUCUCCAAACAAGACAAGCCCUACUGGUCUUAGGAAGGGUUGCAUCCCAAGUCCCAUCCCCAACAUGGGCAGGAACACCUCAUUGGACAUCCUAUCCAGCCUAAAUUCCACUGCACUGUUUGGGGACCAGGACGCUGUGAUGAAAGCCAUCCAAGAAGCCAAGAGCAUGAGGGAGCAGAUCCAGAGGGAGCAGCUUCAUCAUCAACAGCAGCAGCAGCAGCCGGGAUCCCAGAGCCUGGAAGCCAAACUGUCUGCACUCAGCAACAUGAGCCUCAACAACGGCAACAAGGAGCGGCUGCACUAUGAGACACUGAGCCAGCACCUGGGAAAGCUCGGCGAGGAUGCUGGGAAAAUGGUCCAUCGAGUUAUUGACCUGACAAGACCAGAAGAUCUUGAUGGGAGCAAUAUGACGGAGGCACGUGUGUUCAGGGAGGCGCGAGGCAGGAACAGCAACGAACCCCACAUCAAGAGGCCCAUGAACGCAUUCAUGGUAUGGGCCAAAGACGAACGGAGGAAGAUCCUGCAGACUUUUCCCGACAUGCACAACUCCAACAUCAGCAAGAUCCUAGGCUCUCGUUGGAAAUCCAUGACCAACCAAGAGAAGCAACCAUAUUAUGAGGAGCAGGCUCGCUUAAGCAAGAUCCACUUGGAAAAGUAUCCCAACUAUAAGUACAAGCCUCGACCCAAGAGAACCUGCAUCAUCGAUGGCAAGAAGCUCCGCAUCGGAGAGUACAAGCAGAUGAUGCGGUCACGACGUCAGGAGAUGAGACAGUUUUUUGUGGGGCCCCAGGCUCCAAUUCCUCUCAGUAACAGCACGGGGAGUGUAGGCGUGUAUCCAGGCGCUAUAACAAUGACAACGACAGUCACGCCGUCGCCACACCUCACCUCAGACUGCUCCAGUAAUUCAGCGAGCCCCGAGCCGAACAUCCCCAUCAUUCAGAGCACGUAUGGUGUGAAGACUGAGCCAGGCAGCAACACUGGCGUUGGAGGUGGAGUCAGAGCCCUGGAUGUGGCUGGUGACCCCACCAAUGGAGAAGAUGAGAUGGACCUGUAUGAGGACUAUGAGGAUGAGCCCAAGUCGGAAUAUAGCAGCGACAGUGAGACGCGGGAGGCCGUAAGCGCCAACUGAGUGUUCUUCAAAACAAACCUACACCUCCCACACACUUUUUAUCGACACAGUUUAUCACAGAGACUAGACUGGCAUACCAUCAGGACAUGAUGCGCCAUGCACUAAGCAUGUCCGGACAUAUGGAUUCAAGCAGGCGUGCUCCCACAGGUCAUGGAUGGUCUCUUCAUGGACGUCUGUUUGACGUAGGAGGCUGGUGUAGAGUGAUGGCACACAGCCGGACUUUGGACGUCCAGUGGAGAAGAAACUUCAGUUUCCUACACUCAAUUUGACAAUCUUAACAGGAACGAGUACGAGUUUGGAAAGCAAGAGAGAGCCAGCGACAGAGAAAGAGAGAGAGAGAGAGAGAGAGAGAGAGAGAGAGAGAAAGGACAAACGAGCAGUGAACACAUUGCUGUGUGGUUUAAACAGAGCAUGCUUGAAUUUUAAAGAAUCA